AUGAAAGAACCGUUGAAUUGUACUUUGUCCAUGUUAGAAUUGGUCUAAAAAGAAGUUAAUUAGGAUCUCCAAACCAAAUACAUUGAUCCAGCAUUGGCAGGGUGCAAACUGUUAAUUAGCACAGCAAAUGACUUUUAGGAUUAUGUCACUAUGCAUAAAAAGAAUAAAUUAGACAGAAAUUUAAUGGACAUACACACCAGAGAAUUCAUUUCAGAUUGUCUAAACAUUAUAAAGGCAUAAGCACUAUUUAGAGGACUAAAUAUACAGGUACAUAUCAAAUAAAAUGUUCCAAUGUUUCUCAGAACUGAUCCCAAUAGAGUUAGACAAAUUGUAUUGAAUUUGUUAAUCAAGUCUAUCUAGGUUACAAUAAAUGGGAGCAUAGAGAUUUCUUGUUAAAAAUCACCUCUAUUGACUGAUCACAUUGAAAUUAUCAUCAAAGUCAUGGCUUAAAGUGUAAACGAAGGGAUUCUCGAAAGUGUCGAACAAACUCUGAAGCAUCUAAAACAACAGACUUUAGUUAGUAAAUAGGUGAUAGAUAUUGUUGCAACAUCUAAAUAAUACUGUUUUUCCAUAAUUACGGCAUUCUACAUAUCUAUGGCUGUGGCUAUCAUGCCUUUUGAGUUUAAUUCAAUAAAGACUGGCGAUGGCACUUAGUUUUACUUUAUUUUAUUGAUAAAAAAUGAGAAUCCCAAUUUCAAUAAGCAACUAACACAAAAAAGGUAAUCUGCGUUGGUUGCAAACAAGUCUCAAUUCCAUUAGGUGUUUGGUUAGAGCAGUCAAUUCAAGAGGCAUUAGUCAUAAAGGUUAACAGAAAUAUGCAGAAUUUAGGUGUAGGAGAAACUGAAGAAAAUGAAAAGAGAAUCUCAGGAAGAGACUAUAUCCGGCAAGAUUGAGCCUCAGUUGCCUUAGUUUGGACAAUCUGAAGCGUCUGACAAUCAAUAGCCUGACAAAUCUUACUCUGUUUCUUAAAUCUCAGAAUAGGACGACUCGUAAUAGAGUUCCUCAUCAUCAGACUCUAAGGAUGAGAUGAACAAAGGAGAAUGUGAUGGUGAUAUACAAUCUAGCAAAUCAAGUCUUCAAAUAAACGAUAAAAUAGAGAAAAUAGAAAAGCAGCAAAAACCUUCUUAAUUUCUUGAUACUUUCAUUCGUGUUAAAGAACCAAAAGCAAGAAAAAUUUCGGUUAGUAUUAUCUAAUCAAGGUUGAGUCCUUAAGUUUCAUAAUAGCUUUCGUCUAAAUAAAGAGAUUCCCUAUUAACUUUUGGAGGACGUUCAUCGGUGUAUUCUUCGAUGAGGAUAUCCUCAGUAAAUCUAGGGCCAAAUGAGUUAUUGGAUUGUUUUGAAAAGAUGGAAAGAAUCAAGUAGUAGUAAUUCGUUUACAAAUGUCAAUGUCCAAAGGUUCUAAUUUGCGAAUAGAAUGACUUUGAUUUAUAUGCUAUAUCUCAUCAACUGAGCAAUCUCAAAAUUCCGUACAUUUACACAAUGCAGAGAUUGCAUAUUGUUGAUUAAUUAAGGAAGCAAUUUUCACAAUUUAAGACCUGUUGUAAAGGGUAUCACAUCGUGUUCGUGGGAGUGGAGUUUGUGAAUGAACAAUUCAGUUCUGAUUGUGCUAAAAUAAAGGCUGUAUUGGCAGAAUAUUAGAAAGAUACAAGACUAAUUGGAUUGAUUGGAUUUUAAGAUGAAGAGAGCAAACUCGCUAUAAAGAAACUACAAUUUCAUGAUUGCUUGUAGAAACCAAUAAUGAUUGAUGCCUUGCUAUUCAUUUUAGCCAAGUGGGUCAAAUUGUGA